AGUUCGAGACGAAUUUCAGAGGAUCACUCAAAUUCCUUGUGUGCCAAGAUCACAGAGAAACCAGGACUAACUGCACCAAGUUCACUUGAGACGAGUCACGGCGCAUUUGUACAGUACAAUCGGAGCAUGCAUAAAUGCUGAAGCUCUCCGGCGUCUCCGCUCUGCACGUCGCUCUCUCUCUCUCUCUCUCUCUGCAAUUGACUUCUUAGGCACGAACAGGAAGAACUCUGAUCAGAUACUACAUCUAAGCCUUUUAAGGUACUUUUGUGCAGCAUCAUGCUUCUCUCAUUGCGAUUCAUCAAUGCCUUACCGAGAUACCCUCUUAUUCUAUUCUGAAAAAAUCCAAUUCCAAAUACAUAUAAUUUUUUUACCCGAAUUGUGAGUAAAUUUAAUCCAACCCACGAACCUAAAAGUUAUUUUACUAAUUACCGGGGUCAUGCAUUCUGAUUUCCUGUGCAAUGCGCUUUCUAUGAGCUCAAAUUCAUAGUCUUUUUGCUCCAAAGGAAAAGGGGUUCAUGCUCUUUUCAUCCAUUAUUCUAUUUGGAUCUCCGGAAAAGUCCUUGGUUUUGUCAGACUCUGACCUAUUCCUUUUCCAUUAAGUCUAUAUUCAAAAAUUCCUACCGAAAAUGUCAGAAUUCAAUCCAAAUGCAAACGAGCCAUUGAUUCGACCGUCAACAUAUUCGCGAAAGCUUCCAGAUUUCAAACAAUCCGUGAAGCUGAAAUAUGUGAAACUUGGCUACCACUACCUCAUAACCCAUGGAAUGUACCUUUUUCUAUCGCCUCUCCCCAUUGUAGUCGCAGCACAGCUCUCUACUUGUUCACUCGAAAGUCUUUAUGAGCUUUGGGACCAUCUCCAAUACAAGCUCAUAUCCGUGAUUCUAUGCUCAACACUCCUGGUCUUCUUACUGACCCUUUAUUUCCUUACUCGUCCCCGCCCCGUUUACCUCGUUGACUUCUCAUGCUAUAAGCCUGAGGAUGCUCGGAAAUGCACGAGGCAGAUAUUUAUGGAUCGGUCCUGUUCGACGGGGACGUUCACCGAGGAAAACCUGGAGUUCCAAAGGAAAAUUCUGGAAAGGUCGGGUCUUGGGGAGUCAACAUAUCUUCCUGAAUCAGUUCUGAGGGUUCCUCCAAAUCUGUCAAUGGCAGAGGCGAGGAAAGAAGCUGAGGCAGUGAUGUUUGGUGCUCUUGAUCAGCUUUUUGACAAGACAUGUUUGAAACCAAAAGAUGUUGGGAUUUUAAUUGUGAAUUGUAGCUUGUUUAACCCAACACCAUCACUAUCUGCAAUGGUUAUUAACCAUUACAAACUUCGAGGGAAUAUUGUUAGUUAUAAUCUGGGCGGGAUGGGUUGCAGUGCUGGUUUGAUAUCCAUUGAUCUUGCUAAAGAUCUUCUUCAAGUUCAUCCCAAUUCACUUGCCUUGGUGAUUAGCAUGGAGAACAUCACUUUGAAUUGGUAUUUUGGGAAUGAUAGAUCGAUGCUUGUUUCAAAUUGUUUGUUUAGAAUGGGAGGAGCUGCAAUUUUGCUUUCAAACAAGAGGUCUGACUGGCGCGGAUCCAAGUAUCGAUUGGUUCAUACCGUUCGAACCCACAAAGGUGCCGAUAAUAAGUGCUUCUCUUGUGUUACUCAACAAGAGGAUUCCAUUGGAAAGAUUGGAGUUUCUUUGUCUAAGGAUCUAAUGGCAGUUGCUGGGGAAGCUUUGAAGACUAACAUAACUACUUUGGGUCCUCUUGUGUUGCCAAUGUCUGAACAACUGCUCUUCUUUGCCACAUUGUUUGGGAGAAAACUUUUCAAGAUGAAGUUGAAGCCUUAUAUUCCAGACUUUAAACUGGCUUUUGAGCAUUUCUGCAUUCACGCUGGAGGAAGGGCUGUGCUGGAUGAAUUGGAGAAGAAUUUGCAGCUUUCAGAUUGGCAUAUGGAACCUUCAAGAAUGACACUCCACCGUUUUGGCAACACCUCCAGCAGCUCUCUGUGGUAUGAAUUGGCUUAUACAGAAGCCAAGGGGAGGGUGAAGAAGGGAGACAGAAUAUGGCAGAUCGCAUUUGGGUCUGGGUUCAAAUGUAACAGUGCAGUUUGGAAUGCUCUACGCACUGUAAAUCCAGGAAAGGAGGAGAACCCAUGGAUAGACGAGAUCCACCAGUUUCCAGUGAAUGUUCCUAAGGUCUCAGCCAUUUGACAUGGAGUGGUUGUUAGCCUUUGUGGCAGCAUCUCGACGAUAGCAUCUUUGCUAAUAGAGUGCUAAAACCUCUCUGUCUCUCUCUCUCUAUUUGGGUGAAAAGGUGGCAAGGAAUGGUGUAGUUUCCUUUCUAAAGCUCUAUAGGGUGGCAACUGUUACUGUUUGGUAGGAAAUGGAGAAUGCUAGUGUCUGAUUUGCUGUGAUUCAAGAUCGAGGUCCAUUUAGGUCAAGUCAGAAAUUGGAGUUCUGAUUUCUGACUCUACUUAUCAGGUGUUUGUUUUGAGAUAGAACCAGGCUAGGAGCAAGAUUGUUUCACAUUAAGGUUUCGUUUGUUUUCACAACUUCUCUCAA